ACAAGCUCUAGUAAGAGUGAGUAAAUUAGCAACAAGCUUUCUUCUUCUCAUCAUCUUCUGUGAUAAUAAUAUUAUAUAUACAUAUAUAUUUAUAUAGAUUCAGCAUUAUUCAACCUCUAUAUGGAAUCAAACCGUAAGAGAAGAGGGUUCAUGAAGGGAAAGUUGAUCCCAUUCUACCGGGCGGCUAAGCCUUCCUCAACGAGUGGUACUAGUCAUGUGCAGUACACGAGCAGCAAGGCCAUGAAGCCAAUUAGCCAGUCCUCAGCUCCUUCAGUGCCGGCUUCGGUAGGGUUUGUGGUUCACCAAGACUACGUUAAGCCCAAAGUCUCCUUCGUUUUGCCCGACAACACCCGCGAUUUGCCUGUGCAAUUCGACAACCUCUAUGGCAUCUCCGUCGAUGAGGGCGUCGACACCAAGGCCGCGACUUACAUAUCUUCCGUCCAAGAGCGCUUCAAGCUUGAACGAAUCAACUCCGAGAGAAUGAAAUGCUCAGAAAUGAUCCGUUGAUGGAAAUAUACUUCGGGAUCACGUCCUCAUGAUAUCCUACUUCAAAUAGAUUGGCUAAUAAUAUAUAUAUUAAGGUGUUUUCUGAAGAGAGAAUUAAGGUGUUUUGUUCUUUCUUUUUUCUUGCAUGUCACAUUAAGGAUUAGUAUUAUGUAAUUUAGAUCAUCAGGGGGUCGGAGUGACUGAUGAGUUAGUACGACCCAUCAAAUUGUUAUUAUGAUAAGUGUUC